AUGUCAGACUUGACAAUAUUCAGGUAUUCCGCCAUUGGUUUCCUUGGCAUCGCCCUCGCUAUCAUCUGGCUGCGGCGAAGGCUAAUGCCAAAGCCAUAUCCGGGCAUUCCUUACAACCAGGAGUCCGUCAGACGCAUCACUGGAGACAUCCCGAACCUCGUGCCAAUCAUCGAAGCCACCAAUGAGUUCUCAAACACGCUCUUUACGGUCACAACUCAGAAGCUAGGCGUCCCCAUCGCCCAGUUGUUGUUCCCUGGCCUGCGAAAACCCAUGGUGAUUAUCGAAGAUCCUCGGGAGAUCGAAGACAUCCUAGUUCGGCGGAAAAAGGACUUUGACAAGGCGCCAAUGGCAAUAGACAUGUUUGCACCCAUGUUCCCGAACUCGACCCUUGGUCAGUACACAACGCCGGAGCUCCGCGCUCAGAAGCGACUGUGGCAGGAUGUCAUGAACAUCGACUUUCUUCGCAAAGCUGCAGCCCCGAAUAUCCACAAGGCAGCACUGGAGCUCGUGGACUUGUGGCGACUCAAGGCAGCAUCUCUCUACAAGGACCAAGCUUUCGAGGUUCAUGACGACUUGAAAGAUGCUACCCUGGACGCAAUGUGGCUGCAGAAACAGCUCUCCGGGGACCAGGGGCCAGACGAUGAGCCCGCCCCGCGCGGUGCGUUCCUCAGGGAAGAGGUCCGCUACAUCGGGGCAACCAUCGCCAAGAACUCCAAUCACCCUCUGCCGAAGUGGGCCCAAAUAUUCGAGACUUACACACCACGCUACCGAAGAUUCAGACGGACUGUCCUUUCGGGAGUUGGACGUGUGAUGAAGGCGGCUGUUGAGCGGUUCCAGCUGUUGGAGAUCGGACAGCUUGAGUCCGAUGCUCUGGACCAGUGCAUGAUGGACCUGGUUCUUCGCCGGCACAUCCUCGAGGCCAGGAAGGCCGGAAGGCCCCCAUCGGACCCCACUAAGGACAUCAGCAUGCUAGAUGAAUUAUUUGUCAUGCUGGUUGGUGGUCACGACUCUACCGCCAAUGCCAUGACAUGGUUCCUGAGAUUCAUGGAAUCCAACCAAGGCGUGCAAAACGAGCUUCGUGCUGCACUGCGUGCUGUCUUUCCCGGGCCGGACCCCCCCGACCGUUAA